GUGCAUAUAAACAGUGUAUACUUGGAAUAUGAACAUUUAUGACAAUCUUAUACAUAUUGUUCCUCACAUUCAAUACAUAUUAAUUUGCAUAUUGGACAAGGAAGUGAACCAUUAAUGCUGUUUUAUUAACGAAGGAGACAAUGGUUUUAUAUAUUGAACAGGUCUUUUUGAGCCUCGUUUUAGCUGCAGAACUUAUUCAAGCACCGAGUACUGGUGAUGUAAGGCUGACAAACUCCAAAAGGCUUGAAAUUUACUACUAUGGUGAAUGGGGCACAGUUUGUGAUGAUGAAUUUGAUAACAACGACGCUAAAGUAGUCUGUAGACAGCUUGGUUACAGCAAUGGUGUUUCAUUGGGAAAUGCAGUAGACGAUGGCACGGGAACCAUUAUGCUUGACGACAUAAAAUGCACAGGAAGUGAAAGUAAAUUGACAUAUUGUUCAAGUAAAAGCUGGAAGGAUAAUGAUUGUACUCACAGUGAAGAUGUAGGAGUUCUUUGCAAUAAUCUUAGUCCAGUGAAUGGUGGUUGGUCAUCAUGGGCACAAUGGACGACAUGUACCAGCAACUGUGGUGUUGGGCUUCAGACAAGGACGCGUCAAUGCAGCAAUCCUUCAACUCAAUAUGGAGGGGUAUACUGUAAUGGACUUUCAUCUCAAACAAGAAAAUGCAAUACACAUUCUUGUCCAGUAAAUGGUGGCUGGACCACAUGGUCACUAUGGCAUUCAUGCAAUGUUUCGUGUGGUGAAGGAAUGCAGUUUAGAUUCCGCAGCUGUAAUAAUCCUACUCCAGCAUUUGGUGGCUUAACAUGCAGUUCAAAAGACUCUGAAACAAAACAGUGCUUUAAUGAGAAAUGUCCAAAGGUAAUUGAUGGCGGUUGGUCGGAAUGGGCAAAGUGGACUGAUUGCACAAAACUUUGUAACGGUGGUCUCAUGCAGAGAGCACGUACUUGUGACAGUCCUCCUCCAAUAAAUGGUGGAUUGUAUUGCAAUGGUACCUCAAUUGAAGCAAAUCUUUGCAACACAGACUCUUGUUCAGGUAUAGAGACCAAAACGGUGUUAGCUUUACUAGUUGGAGGAGUAUCUGUGGGUUGCAUUCUGAUAACAAUUGCCCUGGUUUUGCUUAGUAUACAUGUGGCUGGAUGCACGAGAAAACAGAAGACAGAAGUGGUAGCAACACGAUUAACAGAAGAAACGGAAGAGUUGUACAUAUAUCAAGCAUCAGAACAACCAGCACAAGUAAAAACGACCUUUAAAGAAGACCCGGAAGAGUUGUACAUAUAUCAAGAAUCAGACCAGCCAAUAAAAGCAAAUACCGGCUUUAAAGAAGACACGGAAGAGUUGUACAUAUACCAAGAAUCAGACGACCAGCCCACACAGUCAUUCAACAAUUCUGCCUACAUUCAGGACUACAAUUCCAAGGAAGUUGAUAAAGCCAAAGAAGAUGCUGAUCCAUGUGAUAUUUAUGAAAAUUAUGAAGAAAACUGUUAUGAAAACUAUUAAAACUAAAUCAAAUUCAGCUUAACACAAUUGUGUUUAAUAACGAAUACAUGGAUUUUUAGGAGUGAGUAGGUUGGAGGUCAGUUUUCGUGUAUCUAUAUUUUUAUACAUUU